AUGGAUCCCGGUCACCUGGCUGGCCGGGUGAUUUUCCCUAGGCCAAAUGGUGGGUCCGGUGAUGGUUCGCGAACUGCGCGUGUCUACCCUUCGGGUUGGGAGCGGGGGAAGGUCAAGGCGACGAGGAGGAGGCUUGUACCUUUGUUUCAUGUUGGUUUAUCUCCGAAAGGAAAGAGGUAUGUCCGUGCGGCUUUGAGAGGGGACGAAGAGGGGGGGCGAGGUCUUAUGUGGCUCUCGAGGAUCAAUAGACUUGAGGAAUUGCCUUCGGAGAUCCUCGCCUUUGCUCCUCCGCCAGUAUGCAAUCCUCCGUGUGUCGGUGCUACGGCUGAAGGGCCUGGAACCCGUUCCAGUGGCAAUGAUGAGGGCGUUACUGCUAGUGGUGGCUAUAUCUGGAACAAGACUCAUGCAGAAAUAGAUAGUGAUGGGGCCUUGAACGCAGGACGAGGUGGACGCAGCACUCCGUAUGGAAUAAUGGAAUGCCGGGAGAAGGGCGCCCCCUUGAAGCAUCUGAAACAAUGGCACGAGUUGCUUGAGCCUUACUGGCGGCGGUGGUUGACACUGGGACGGCCUUCAAUAUUAUUCUGCAUAAGGGCACUAUGCGAAUGCGGAAGGCAGAGAGAUAGGACUUCGUGCCAGGCCAUCCCGGUCUCUGCUGAGAUCCGUGCCAUGAUGGGCCGCGCUAAUGUACGUGAGUUCAUAAGCGUAUCCUCCGGAGGCCUCUCAAUGGCCGGUAGUGACAGGGAAGUUGCUAUAAGCAAGUCGACAGGUAGACUAGCCUGGGUAGCUUGCGAGCCGGACGACUGGCUACCGGAUUUGGACAACGCAUUGAGGGGCGCGAAGGGGUCUAGGCGGGGAGGGGGGGCCUCCUCCAAAAGCAAAGGAUUCAGUCAACUGUCAGUGUCAGCGGCAGUCCGUUCAGGAUGGCCUUGCACCCCAUUCGAAAAAGAUACCGAUGGUGAUGGUCCUCGAGUCAUCAAACCCAAGGUGACUGGGUACUAUGGUCGAACCCAAAUUGCAAUGAACCGGUUCCCCGUACUUAGUAAAUCGUGCUAUGGAUCUCUCAUGAACACAUUAAGGUUCGCUUCAGCCGCUCCUCUCUCUCUAUUGAUGGACUGUUGCCCUUCCGUCGCUGCUGGGGAUUCCCUGGUUGAAACCAAUAGAUUGGCACUUAUGGAUGCUUCGAGACCCCGAUAA